ACACCGAGAGACCCCGAGAAACACUAGAGAGAUACCGAGAGAUACCGAGAGACCCCGAGAGACACCUGGGACCCCGAGAAACACUAGAGAGAUACCGAGAGACCCCGAGAGACCCCGAGAAACACUAGAGAGAUACCGAGAGAUACCGAGAGACCCCGAGAGACCCCGAGAAACACUAGAGAGAUACCGAGAGACCCCGAGAGACCCCUCGGACCCGCGUCCCCCCGGAGACAUCCUGCUUCGUGAUAUUUAGUAUUUCAUGUUCUCAUCGGUGUUUUAGCAAAGCUAAUGCUAACGACAGCUAACUAGCAGGCUAACAAAGCAGGCUUGUUUCCUCACGUGCGCUCCGGUUAACGAGCUGCUGUCUGGAGCUGUUUAUCAGAGCAGUAUUAUUAUUAUUAUUAUUAUUAUUAUCAUUAUUAUAUAUGUGUCGUAUUCCCAUAGUCCGUGUCUGCGUCUCCAACAUGGGUUAGCUAGCCAUGCUAACUCCUGAAAACAACGUCUCCCAUGUGUCGGUGUUCUUGUUGUAGUUAGAGGCGUCAUUACGUCACAGGGUCAGAACCGAGCCCUCCGGGGGGUCUUUGAUGGUCCGGACCGAGCCGCUCCCCGGCCGCUCCCCCAGAGAGCCGCGUGAUGAUGAUGAUGCUGCGGCGGCUCCUGAGGAAGCGCUGGGUGCUGGGGGUCGUGUUCGGCCUGUCGCUCAUCUACUUCCUCACCAGCACGCUGAAACAGGAGGAGCGGACCGUCCGGGACCGCACGCUGCUGGAGGUCCGGGACUCGGACCACCGGAUCCCCUGGAAGGUCCGCUUCAGCCUGGGCAACAGCAGCCGGCAGAUCACCCGCUGCAGGAACUCCAUCCAGGGCCCGGCGCUGCUCACGGACGAGCUGGGCUACGUGUGUGAGCGCAGCGACCUGCUGGUGAACGGCUGCUGCAACGUCAACGCGCCGAGCUGCCGGCGCCACCUGUGUAGGAGCUGCCUGGCCAACGGCUGCUGCAGCGUGUACGAGUACUGCGUGUCCUGCUGCCUGCAGCCCGACAAGCAACCUCUCCUGGAGCGCUUCCUGAACCGAGCCGCCGAAGGCUUCCAGAACCUCUUCACGGCCGUGGAGGAUCACUUCGAGCUGUGCCUGGCCAAGUGCAGGACCUCCUCUCAGAGCGUUCAGCAUGAGAACACCUACCGGAACCCUCGGGCCAAGCACUGCUACGGGGAGAGUCCCCCAGAGCUGCUCCCCGUGUGACACGCUGCUCGUCGCCACGGCAACGGAGAGAGAUGAGCUAACGAACCGCUCGCGAUGGCGACGGUUUUGCGUUCUCGAGGCGGAGAGACGGGGACGCCGACCGGACGCCAUUUUAUUAUUUACACUUCAUAAGUGCACAGAGCGCCCGGCGCUAACGUCGCUAACCGGCUAACGUCACACGGCGGGCUUCAUUUAACGGUUAUCUCAUGUUUUAUUAAUGCAGUAAAGAAGGUGUCGGUCAUUCUGUCUAGUGCAUGCGUAUGAAACUUUUUAAUAAAACUGUAAAAUUUAA